GAUCAGGCAGAGACUCCGGAGACAGAAGACACUCAGCAGCUGAAGGAGCAGCUGAUGCUGAUGGAGGCUCAGCUGGAGAAACAGCUGGAGGAGGCGAUCGUCUCUCAGAGCUGCAGCCUGGAGCUCUCUGAGGUGCAGGCUCAGGUGCAGCAGCUCUCCUCUCGGCUGCAGGUGGAGCAGCUUCAGAGACAACAGCUGGACCUGGAGCUGCAGCAGGCUCGACAGGAAGUGAUGUCACUGCAGCAGCAUGUGGAGGCGGCUCCGCUGCAGAACGCCACCUCUCAGCAGGUGGAGGAGGAGGUCCAAACCGAGGAGGAGGUGGUCCAGAUAGCAGAGGAGCUGGAAGUCCAGUUCGAAAAGGAGGUCCAGAAGGAGGAGGUUCAGAUAACAGAGGAGGUCCAGACUGAUGAGGAGGUGGAAGUCCUGAUGGAAAAGGAGGUCCAGAUAAUGGAGGAGGUCCAGACCCAGGAGGAGGUCCAGGCUGAGGAGGAAGUGGAAGUCCAGAUCGAAAAGGAGGUCCAGACUGAGGAGGAGGUCCAGACUGAGGAGGAGGUCCAGACUGAGGAGGAGGUCCAGACUGAGGAGGAAGUCCAGGAGAAGGUGGAGACGCCGGUGUGAACCCCCUCCUGUUAUCAUGAAAUCCCGAUGAAAAGUGACCAAACGUUCAAAGUGUUUUUAUUUCUCAGUGAAAGCUCCGUGUUGUUUGACUGGAACUAAAGAACCUGAAACUCCUGAACUGUGGUUUCAUUCUCCAGUUUCAGUCUGGGUCAGGGUCUACAUUUAUUGAGAGUCCUCUGGAUGUUCACGUGAACCAAUAAGAAGUCCCAGACCCCCCAUAGUCUCCUCAGUGUUUUUAUUUUUCUACAUUUCAACUAGUUUCUUAUUUCUCCUCAUGUUUCAGUUUUUUCAUUAUUCUGCCAUAUUUUAAACAAUCAGCUUUUUUCUGCAUCGUUAUUCAAACGCUCGAUAUCUCAACAUUAAAACAUAUCAAAGAGCUCAUCCAGUAAUGGUUUGGGUUUUUUAUUCUUCUGGUUAGUUUUCCAUGCAGAAAUAAAAGUGUCCUUCCCCUCGGAGGAGAUCGUCUGGAUCCAAACUAAA